GUUUCCCACCUCUGCUGUUCUCCAUUUGGUCCCUGUCGCAGAUCCAGUUGAGAUUUGCCUAUAACAAUGGCAGCAGUCGAAGUGCAGAAUGCUGCGUUGGACGCAGAUACGGUCUCGCAAUCAAAAUCCAAGCCUGAAAGAUUACCAAUAACGGUCUCCAAGCCAACCCCCUACACCUUCGACCUAGGCUACCUCCUCGUCAACGACCCAAAUCCCUUAACCAGCUCACCAUCAGAACCACUGAACGCCUCCCUGAAAGCCAUAGCCCGAGACGGCGCACAGUGUCUCCUAAACCAGCUCCUCACAACAUGCCCCAUCUCCUCGACGCAGCAGGGCGUCCUCCUCUCCCUUCCGCCGCCAUCUACCCCCCUCCCCCGACACAAGCCACUGCCGACACCCAAGCCACCAACGAAAUGGGAGCUAUUCGCCCGGAAGAAGGGUAUCGGUAAAUAUAAUACGAAACCUGGCGCUGCAUUAGCGGAUAAAGAACGUCGGAAGAAGCUCGUGUACGAUGAGGAGAAGGGAGAGUGGGUUCCCAGAUGGGGUUACAAGGGAAAGAACAAGUCUGAUCAGGAUGAAUGGUUAGUAGAGGUUAAUGAGAAGGAUUGGAAGAAGGAGGAGGAUGCUGCCGUCAAUGGUAGUUCGAUUCGAGGAAUGUCCAGAGCAGAGCGCAAGGAAAGGAUAAAGAGGAAUGAGAGGAAGAUGAGGGCUAAUGAACGGAGGGUUAGGAAGAUGGGGGCUUAGUUUUGAUUUUGAGAAAACAUUGAUAUCUGCGUCCGGGACGGGAUCUACGUGCAUGUGGAACGUCUUGUUCCUUUUGCUUUUCUUUGGUUAUUUCUGUGGAAAAUGUUAUCGGUCCGAUUUCAAAGGCGUUGGGUUGGGAGGUCAUGUUCAUCAAUGGCAAAAGCUUUGUACGCAGUCAUGUCAUCGGCGCUCAUCGUGAUAAAGGCCAAUCUUCAAAUUUUUGCGCACUUUCUCCCUUGUCCUUGCUCAACAGACUACGUUCCCAGAUCUAGAACUAAGGUUGCUGGAUGCGAAUUACGCU